UAAUCUGCGACGCAAUAUAUGUUGCACGGUCAUUCUCGUGCUAAUCGGUCAUUCUCGUUAGUAGAUUUUUCUUUAUAAGUUUAAACAUAUUCGGCAAUUAUGAAAAAUUUGUACGUUAUAUUUAUUCUUACCGUUCUAUCAGACGAAUUGGUUACUAGGCUCGUGGCAGGGGAAGAUUUUCCGCAAUUUGCAGGGCAACAGUUUAUGGAAAAUUUUUGUAGUAAAUCCGUUAGUUAUAUGGAAACCUAUGCAGAGCCAUAUUUCGAAACAUAUAGGGAAAAAACAUGGGGUAUUUUUUAUAGAACACGUAUUCGGUGGAAUUAUAGAACAGAGACUCGCCUAGCAUGGCGCAAAGAAUACGAGUGUUGUGACGGAUAUAAGAAAGUUUGGGCUCUAGAACUGGGAACGGGGAGAUUAUCACGUCAUCAAAAAUGUGAACCGAUAUGCCCUAAUUGCAACAAUGGUUCUUGUCUACGGCCAAACAUAUGCAUCUGCGAUUACGGAUACCGUUCACAGAGAACUAUAAAUUCGUUCGUCGGCUGUUUUCCCGUGUGCACUCAUCCUUGUGUAAACGGCAAAUGUGCCUCACCCGACGUUUGCGAGUGCGAUCCUGGAUACAAAUUGAACAACGAUAAUUACACCUGCGAACCUGUCUGCACUGUAACAUGCUCUGCAAAAGCAUACUGCUAUAAACCCGAUCAAUGUCGCUGUAUGGAAGGAUACAAAAGUGAUGUCUUAACUAACACAUGCGAGCCUAUUUGUGAAAGAGAGUGUGUUCACGGCAAGUGCACAGCCCCCGAUACGUGCACUUGCGACGACGGUUACGAGCCUGAUCCGUACAACUUUUUCGUCUGCAAGCCCACGUGCGAGAACGGUUGUCUCUACGGCAUGUGCACCGUGCCUAAUGUGUGCAUCUGCGACGAGGGCUACACGUUCAAGACGAGCGGUUGCGAACCAGUCUGCAGCGAAGCUUGCGUUAUGGGCACUUGCGUGGCUCCCGAAAGCUGCAGCUGCUCCGAGGGGUACGGGCUGCUCGAGAAUUCAAAGUACGUCUGCGAACCGGUCUGCGAGAAGGCUUGCCUCAAUGGGCGAUGCACCGCGCCCGGCGUAUGCAGGUGCAACGAAGGAUUCCGAUUUAGUGGCGACGAGACGGAGAAGCACAUUUGCAAGCCCUAUUGCAAAAUUCCUUGCGAGCCAUACGGCGUGUGUACCGCGCCGGAUGUCUGCGCCUGCUUCGAAGGAUAUCGUCAGGUUGAUCAGGCGGAAGCCGAAAGAACAAAUGUCACCGUCAGGUCGAAUUGCGAGCCGAUCUGCGAUCCCGAAUGCACAAAUGGAUUCUGCCACGCUCCGGGAGAGUGCUAUUGCUAUGCCGGCUAUCACAUACAUUAUUUAAAUCCGGAUGUAAUGCAGUGCGAGCCCUCAUGUAGCCAGAAUUGCGUCAACAGCUUCUGCAGCGCACCAGAAACUUGCCAGUGCAACGAGGGCUAUCGUCCGUCCAAUUCUUGGAACGUAUGCGAGCCCGUCUGCAAGACUGAUUGCAUCAAUGGAUACUGCACCGCGCCAAACGAAUGCACUUGCAACCCCGGCUACCAACCUACCGAGGGCAAUCGUACGAGCCUCUGCGAGCCUGUUUGCAAUCCGAGUUGCAGGAACGGUAUCUGCACGCAGCCCGACGUGUGCAGCUGCAAUCCGGGCUACCGUCCGUCGAAUAAGACGAACGCGUGCGAUCCUAUCUGUCACCCAGCCUGCGAGACAAACGGGAUCUGCAAGGGGCCGGAUCUCUGCGUCUGCAAGGACGGUUAUCGCAUGGUUUAUUACGACGGGAAAGACGUUCCGUUCGGUUGCGAGCCGAUUUGCGAUGUCGAAUGCGGCAAUGGCACGUGCACGGCGCCGGAUCACUGCGUGUGUUUCGACGGCUAUCGAAACGCGAAAACUGGCGGAUGCGAGCCCGUCUGCUCGACCUGCGGCAACGGCACGUGCGUCGCGCCCGAGGUCUGCGAAUGCGACGACGGAUUCGUCCUCGCGGACCUCGGAUUUGAAGCACAGGACUCUCGAGCCUCGGAUGUCCUUGAAAACAGAACGGGAAACGGAAGCAGAUGCGUGCCAUAUUGCGAGAAAUGCGAUAACGGCGAGUGCUUGGCACCAGGAGUGUGCCAAUGUUAUACUGGUUUCGUGAUGGAAGGCACAUGCGUGCACGCGUGCCAGGGGGGCUGCGGUACUCACGGCGAAUGCGUCAGCGAACGCAGGACUUGCAAAUGCGAUUACGGAUGGACCGGAUUGCAUUGCGAUCAACCAACGUUAUGCGUUUUGACCUUGAGCAACGAAGAAAAUCGGACCGAACAAUUGACAACUAUCGAAAAACGGAAUGUUACGAUUGAUCGUGUACUUAUAAAUAACCCAGCUUGUUCCGAGUGUGUUGGUAAAGUAAACAAUGAAACUUUGUGCUUUAAGAUGUACGUCAAUGAUACAAAAGAUGAGACGAAAAUUGGUUGCUUAAUGAAUGAAGAAUGCCUCCCAUUGAGCAGUUAUUAUAAGAAUCGAGGAGCAAUAAUUACGCUAACAAGUGUAAUCAUAGGUGGAAUAUUACUUGUAACAGCAAUAACGAUAUACGCAACAUUACGAAAACGUCGAAAUAGACAGGUGGAUCUAGGCGAUGUUCAUAUAAUUCGCAGCAGGCACAGUACAUCCACGCAAGGACUAAUCGAAUGCCAGCAGAAAAUACCAGAAUACGAUCCUUAUAUAGAAACAUUUAGAACAUCAGAUCCGUUUGGGUUCUAUAAUAUCAGGACUCGAACCAAUUACAGGAGAUUGUUCCACGACCAGAUAAGAUGCUGCGAAGGCUACGUUCUAUCCGGAGCUAUGUGCACGCCGCGUUGCCCGGAAUCGUGCAAGAAGGGUACCUGCAAGGAACCGGACGUGUGCACUUGCAACGAAGGGUACCGCAUGUCAAACGACGGAAAGUGCGCGCCGGAGUGCACGAACGGCUGCGUCAACGGCACCUGCGUCGAUGCCGAGGUUUGCAGUUGCAACAAGGGUUACUCGCUGGACUCGGACGGAUUCACAUGCCGGCCCGUGUGCGACGAGAGUUGCGAGUGGAAUAACGGAUCCUAUUGCUCCCAGCCGAACGUGUGCACGUGCCGUCUCGGUUACAGGAAAAUUGACGAUGACUACCAACUCAUUUGCAAACCCGUUUGCGAUCACGAGUGCACCAACGGCCAUUGCACGUUACCCAAUGUUUGCACGUGCAACCCGGCGGCGAAUGCGAGUGUCUGCGAGCCGAUAUGCAGCGAGCCCUGCGAGAUGGGCACGUGCGUGGCACCGGAGAGUUGCAGCUGCACGGAGGGCUACGGACUACGUUACGGCAGUUCCAAAUACAAAUGCGAACCUAUCUGCGAAAACGACUGCAGCAACGGCCAAUGCAUCAAGCCUGGAUUUUGCGUUUGUAAUAAGGGAUACGUUCUGUCGAAUGGAACGUGCAAGCCACACUGUCCGAUACCUUGCGAAGAAAAUGCAGAAUGCAUAGGGGAUGGUAGAUGCACUUGCAUGAAAGGAUAUCACUUAAUACUCCCACAUUUAAUGACAGACAAUAUAUAUUUUAGUGACAUUCUCAUAAAAGUGCCGCGGGUGAGCCCUGUCUGCCAACCGGUUUGCAAUUUCAUGUGCAUCAAUGGUAGAUGUACCGAGCUAAACGUAUGCACCUGCAAUCCCGGUCACUAUCCGUCGUGGAUCUAUCAUCCCAGUCGAAGCAACAGCAUGAUGCGCUUCUGCCUCAAAGUCCACGGACCUCCCUGCGACGAGCAUUCGUGCGGGGAUAACGGAACAUGCGACGUGUCCGGCGUUUGCGUUUGCAACGAGGGUUACGCGAAGGACACGAACAAUGAUUGCGUGCCCUUCUGCGACCCAGCGUGCUCCAACGGCACGUGCACGGCACCGAAUCGCUGCGAGUGCCACGACGGCUUCGCGUCGCGGAACGAGAGCUUCUGCGAGCCGGUUUGCGAGAAGGGCUGCCAGAACGGCGACUGCAUCGGCCCGGAUCAUUGCAUCUGUCACGACGGUUUCGUACCGGAUAUCGUCAAUCACUCAGGAUGCAUCCCCGAGUGUACUCGCAACUGCAGCGGACACGGCGAGUGUGUCAUUGGCCGCGACAAUUUAUAUAACGCAUGCGAGUGUCAGUUUGGAUGGACGGGACAGGACUGCGAUGAACCGAUCAUGUGCCUCAUCAUGAUGGCCUACGAUCAUUACGACGUCAACAGAAUCACUAUUCGUAAUAAUACAAAUAGUACAAUCUUACAAGCCGUCCCCAGCGUACCGUAUUGUGACUGCGACUAUUCCCUUGAUAACGAAACACUAUGCAUCAUGAUGCAUUCUGUUAAUGGCAAUACAACUGAUAUCGGCUGCUUGCUUAAUACAGAUUUGCCAUGUCGUGUAGUUAAUGGCAAUCAGCGUUACAUCUCAACUAAUGUUAACAAAAUAGUUUGGCCUUUCGUGACUAUCGCUAUAUUGCUGGCCACAGGUCUAGGAGCGAUAGCGUAUAUAAACUAUAUAAAGUCUCGCAAACGUCAACAAAAGAAAUUAGAUAUAGGUCCGUCAACAAGUACAUUUGCGCGAGAAUCUUUCGCCACCGAGUCUUUGUUGCCUGACAAUGAGAUUCAACUUUGAAAAAAACUGUCACGAAGAAUGAACUGGAAUAGUAGAUAUUGAUGAUAAAUAGUACAAUUUGUAGUAGUAAUGAUAAAUUAGAUAAUAUUUUAUUGUUGAGAAAAAAAUAAAUAAUGUUCAUUUAGAC